GGGAGUUUUACCUCAUUGGGCACAAGGCUGGUCUCAGGGCGGGAGGAGAUUAAAGCUGGUUCCCGAAGCUCACCCCAGCCCAUGUCACCCUCUGAUUUCCUGGACAAGCUUAUGGGACGAACCUCAGGGUACGACGCCCGCAUUCGACCCAACUUCAAAGGUCCACCUGUCAACGUGACGUGCAACAUCUUCAUCAACAGCUUUGGCUCCGUCACCGAGACCACCAUGGACUACCGGGUGAACGUGUUCCUGCGGCAGCAGUGGAAUGACCCCCGCCUGGCUUACCGGGAGUACCCCGACGACUCCCUCGACCUCGACCCCUCCAUGCUCGACUCCAUCUGGAAGCCAGACUUGUUCUUUGCCAACGAGAAAGGGGCCAAUUUCCAUGAGGUCACCACGGACAACAAGCUCUUGCGCAUCUUCAAGAAUGGCAAUGUGCUCUACAGCAUUAGGCUGACACUGAUCCUGUCCUGCCCCAUGGACCUCAAGAACUUCCCCAUGGACAUCCAGACAUGCACCAUGCAGCUGGAGAGUUUUGGCUACACUAUGAACGACCUCAUCUUCGAGUGGCUGGAGGAGCAGGAGGCCGUGCAGGUGGCAGAGGGCUUGACACUCCCACAGUUCAUCCUCAGGGAUGAGAAGGACCUGGGCUAUUGCACCAAGUACUACAACACAGGCAAGUUCACCUGCAUUGAGGUGAAGUUCCACCUGGAGAGGCAGAUGGGUUACUACCUGAUCCAGAUGUACAUCCCCAGCCUGCUCAUUGUCAUCCUCUCCUGGGUCUCCUUCUGGAUCAACAUGGAUGCGGCACCAGCCCGGGUGGGCCUGGGCAUCACCACGGUGCUCACCAUGACCACGCAGAGCGCCGGCUCCCGGGCCUCCCUGCCCAAGGUGUCCUAUGUGAAGGCCAUUGACAUCUGGAUGGCCGUGUGCCUGCUCUUCGUCUUCGCCGCCUUGCUGGAGUACGCAGCCGUCAACUUUGUCUCCCGCCAGCACAAGGAGUUCAUGCGCCUGCGCCGCCGCCAGCGACGGCAGAGGAUGGAGGAAGAGCUGAGCCGUGAGAGCCGCUUCUACCUGCGAGGCUACGGGCUGGGCCCCUGCCUGCAGCCCAAGGAGGGGGCUGGGGAGGGCCCUGGUGUGUACAGCCCCCCGUCAGCCAGCACCGUGCUGCGCGAAGGGGAGAGCCUCCGCAGGCGCUACAUCGACCGGGCCAAGCGGAUCGACACCAUCUCCCGAGCCGUCUUCCCCUUCACCUUCCUGGUCUUCAAUAUCUUCUACUGGGUCGUUUACAAAGUGCUGCGCUCAGAGGACAUCCACUCGGUGCCCUGA